GACAAAAUUAGGCUUGUGCCCUCCGACGAGAAAGAGUCUUUUAUUUUCGACUUCGCGUUGCCCACCAUCACAUACAAAAUUGAAGGUGAUAAAGAAGAUUUCAUACGGUGGAGGGAGAGCGGUUGUGAGGAUGACAAUGCGCGUUUGUCCAUCGAACAAUUUCAACUGGAAGCUGUUCAAUGCUCAACAGCAGCAGCCAAGGACAAAUAUGCAGAGAUUCCACUUAUCAGCAACUUCUUCAGCCAUGUCUAACAAGGAUCAUAGGCUUGCAGGGAGGCUUUUUGGGCCAAGAGAUGAAAAUGGCCAGUGGUGGGAUGACAAAUGUAUGUUUUAUCCAGUUGUAUUGGAUCCUUCUUCCACUGGAUCUUUAUGGAGAAUGUAUUAUUAUGGCCGUGAUCAGGACUCUUGGCACUCUGAAGUAAGUCCAGCCCUCAUAUCUUCUGGGCGAAUUGGUCUUGCCAUCAGUGAAGAUGGAAUCAGUUGGUCUAGAUAUCCUGGUCCCCUUCCAGGGGGAGCAAUAAUGGAUCCAGUUGAGGCAAACCCUUUAUGUUUUGAUUGUGUGCAUAUUGGUUGUAGUGAUUUAUUCCUUCAUAAUGGGGAAUGGUGGAUGUUCUACUUUGGAGGAUCUUUAGAAGAAACCAUCUUUGGGCCUCAGAUGCGUACCAUGAAAGGCAUUAAAAUGCAUGUAGGUUUAGCAAAAUCCUCAGACGGUAUUUCAUUUGUACGAAAUGAAGUUCCAGUUUUGGAUUUGGGAGAUAAGGGUGAAUGGGAUGAAUUGCUUGUAGCUUGGGCAAGGGUUGUACCACCAAAACUGCAUGGAAGCAAUAAAUGGUUGAUGACAUAUUGCUCUAUAGAAAAAACUUCUUCUGCUGGUUGCUUUGCAAUUGGUUCAGCGAUUUCUGACAAUGGAGAGACAUGGGAAAAGAGAGGAAAGGUUCUUGAAAGAGGGGCUCCUGGUGCAUGGGAUGAUGGAGGAGUUGGAAGGCACCAUGUUCUCUAUGUCGAUGGCCAAUAUAUUAUGUUCUAUGAAGGUGUUAAUAGCCAAGGCAUACAUGCAAUUGGGGUUGCUUUCUCAACUGAUGGACAACAGUGGAGGAAAUCUGUUGAGCCAUGGAGCCAACCUGGAGGUCCUAUAUUUACUUCCACAGAUGACAAGGAGGCUUGGGAUAGUGGAGGCAUAUCUUGUCCUCAUGUACUCAAAUUCAAAGAUGAGCAUUACCUGCUCUAUUAUGUAGGUACAAAUUCUAGCAAGGAGUUGAGUUGUAUGGGUUUGGCUAUAAGUGAGGGGUUAAAUAUAAGGUCAUGGAAGCGCAUUGGUCCAAGUGUAGUUAAUAAAAGGAGACCCGCAUCCUGGACUCUCUGAACUAGCUUCUUCUGUUAGUAUAGAUUUUAAUGCACUCUUUAAAGAUUGGUACCUUCUCUUUAUUGUAGCAUACCUAAAGUGAGAUGACAAAAUUAACCCAUACAUGUGAAUGAAUUUGUUAAUGAAGGUUUGAUAUAAUCUUGGUCUGUUGGACUGGCA